AUGACUGAUCUGCUGGACCGACCAAUUCCGCACCCGUGCCCACGAAAGUUGCACCACCCUGGAGAAAACUGCCGCUGUGCAGAGCGACUCAAGCUCCUCGUGCCUCACGGUCAUUCGCGUUCGGCAGACCUGGGCUCCGUUCACUGCGCGCGCCUUCAGAACCUGAAGUGGCGGCUCACGGCGAGAUGCUUCAGAGAAAGCUCGGCUGAGCUGAGGUUGCCAGCCUCUCUCCGAAACCUCGCUGAUGAUCACAAGGGAGAUGCCGCAUGCAAAUCCCUGCGGCCGCUAUCGCCUGAUAAGAAGAGACCGGCCCGAAGCGUCAUCCACAGGAGAGGCCGCAUGUCUGCCAGAGCUGGUUCUCCAGAGGUCAUUGACUUUGCCUUCGCUUCGCCUGGCUCCUCGGGCUCCUCAGCGAAAAGCUGUCGGACGCCGCGGUGUGUGAAGUUCAACGAGGCGCUGAACUGUGAAGUGCCAGUUUUGGCGGUGAAGGCACAUGGCCACGAGGAAAAAAUGUUUCCAAGAAUACUGAGCUCGGUUGAUGUGACCGGCAAGAAGGAGAUGCUUGCCCGACGCAAUCUUCGAGCGAUGACGCAGAAUCACCGAAGCUCUGGUGCACAGCGGAUUGAUUUGAGGGGUGAAGACACAGUUGGUUCAUGCUGCUCCCCUCCCUCCCCUCUUCUCCCUUCCGCCCCUACCGUCUCCUCUGAACUCCCCUCCCCUCCCCUCCCCUCCCCCCCCCGUCCCCUCCCCUGA